AUGCGUGGAUCAGUGAAAAGACUUCUAUCGUUGCUCCAUCUAUGCUUCAUAACCUUGACGACUUCUCAACCGCCAACUCCGGAGAGUUUUGUAAUGCCGUUGAGUAAUGGACGUGGUGUUUUGACGAAUCAGUCAUCCAAAGGUUUUGAUAUGCUUGGUGAUGAUUUUCCAUGUGGCAUAAUAAAAGGAUUGAAAUCGCCGAAUCCAGGAUAUCCACAUGAAACCACAGAUGUCUAUACUCCUUGUGUCGUUUAUCCAAACCAAGUGUUGUAUUCGGAGAAGAAGAGCAAAAUCGAAUCAGCCUGUCGGGUGUUGAAGUGUUUGAAAUUGAAAGACUCGAAACCAGGAAAAUACAAAAUGGAUCAAAUUGCGGAUGUAUUGAAUUUUAAAGAAACGAAUGCGAAGAAAACGCCAGUUAGAUCAAAAGUUGGAGAGCCAAGGUAUGAUACGGAAAUGCACUACAUUUGCGAUGAAUACACGUUUGACGAUGUCGAAACACAGCUUGCUAUAUUCAACGAUGGAAUCUGCCAAGUCAAUAUGAAUCCACACUUUUUUGUUCGCCCACGCUACCGCAAUUUCCGAUCGGAUUCGCUUUUUCGAUUGUACAAUCAUUUUUACGGGCGGUCGAAAGACAAGUAUAAAGGACUUCGGGCAAUGUACGGGAUUGACAAAAACGACUUUUCAAUGGAUGGCCGCGAAUUUAUGCAAUGCGAUGCUAGUUGUAGCAUUGGGAAUGUGUUCAAAUAUACAAUGCUCCAAGACAUGGCAUGGAGAUUGAAUUUUUUUGUUCAUCCAAAUUCCACAGCUAUCAAACUUUGCUUCAAUGCAACUGGACACGGUGACCAUUCCAGAAUUUCUGAAUGCCAUCCUGAAAUGAUACUAAUGAUUUUGCCGCAAAACAAUAUGAUUAUUUGGCCGUAUAAUCGAAUUCCGUCAAAAAUUCGGUUCGGCACUGAAAGCAAUCAAGACGGCAAACCGACAAUGCUACAAUUCCAAGUGUUCGUGAUUGUCGAUGGGGGCUCAAAUCAGAUCGGCGUGCUGAAUCGUUUCAACGAAGUGGUGGUCAGUCAAUCAAACGGUUACAGUAAGAAACACCUUCAACGAAUUGACAUUUUCUUGUCGAAUGAAACGACGCUUGUCGACAAUUUUGGCAUCGUCGGCAAAAAUGUCGAAGUCGGUUUUUGUCUCGUCAAAAAAGGCACAAAAGUUGUACACGUGAAGCCAGGCGCCGGAAGCGGCGAAAAAGUGACGGAUUUCGACGGCGAGAGAAUCCAAGAAAUCAGGCCAGCAUUCGCGAAAAAGUUUCUGCCGGUGCCGAGCUCAACGACGCCCACUCCUGAAGUUGUCUACGUCACCGACUCAUACAGCGAACACGUCAAAUCCUACACGAGCCAAUUUGCCAACGGCAAAUGGCUGCUUUUCGCAAUUCUCAUGGGGUUCAUUGCUGGAACACUGGCUAUUGUUAUUUUGGGCGGAAUAGUCUCGUACACACUUCGCCGAACCAUCUACAGCGUCUGGUAUCGGGCGAUGUUCAAACGCUAUGGGUGUGAUGCGUCUGGUUCGACUGGCGGGCUCACUGGAAUUGGGUUUGGUCCCAUCAUUACACAGGAAACUAUCGCCAAUGCAUCGACGACGUCUACUAUUGUGCCGACUAGAGGAACAACCCGCAGUAGAGGAGAUGGCAUUCAGAUAACCGUCUGA